AUGUUACCUUACACAGAAAACAUUAUUCAAAAACCAUCUGAAUACACUUACUUUAAAUUCAGUCAAAAAACACAAGAACGAAUAUAUGAAGAUGAACAAAAUCGAAUUCUUAUUGAUGAAGAAUCUCUUCCAUCAACAGCAUUUUUUACUUUUUUUAAUUCUCAAAAUAUUGUUAAUUCAAUUAAUUUUAGUGAUGAUGGUCAUUUAAUUUCUAUUGGAUGUUCAGAUUCAUCAAUUCGGUUAUAUGACUUUAAAAAAACACAAAUUGUUAAUGGAAUGAAUCCACAAGCAAAAUUACUAGGUCAUUGUGGUCCUGUGUUUAGUACUAAUAAUUCACCUGAUUUUAAAUGGCUUGUAAGUGGUUCAGAAGAUUGUUCAGUAAGACUUUGGUCAUUAGAUUAUCCAUCUUGUAUCAUGUCAUUUAAUGAACAUGAUGGACCAGUUUGGGAUGUACAGUAUUGUCCAUUAGAAUAUUAUAUGUUGAGUUCAUCAUAUGAUAGAACAGCUAGAUUAUGGACAUCUAAACAAAAUAAAAGUGUAC